CUCUCUCUCUCUAGAUCCGUUUACUCCUAUCUCUCCUUUCAUUUAUAUCCCUUCAUAUUAUGGCUCCGCCUACUGUAACCAGUGAUUCAAACCAGACCUACGAGAGAAUGAAAGAGGUGAAGCAAUUUGAUGAGUCCAAGGCCGGAGUUAAAGGCCUUGCUGAUGCCGGCAUCACCACUAUCCCUGCCAUGUUCGUUAACCCACCAGAAGUUUUAGCCACCCUCAAACCCUCUCCCUUCACUGGCGCCGAAAUCCCCACCAUCGACCUUGCCGGCGUUGACUCCCCGGACCGUCGCAGUGCUGUGGUGAAGCAAGUCAAGCGUGCGGCCUCCACCGUCGGCUUCUUCCAGGUUAUCAACCACGGUAUCCCGGUUGAAGUCCUAGACCGGGCCAUCGCCGCCAUGAAGGCCGUCCACGAGCUGCCGGCUGAGGUCAAGGCUCCACUCUUUAAGAGAGAGAUGGAGGGAGUGUCUCUCAGGUCAAACAUGGACUUGUACCAUUCAAAUGCUGCAUACUGGAGGGACACACUUCUGAUACAGUUCGGGCCAGUUCCGAUCAACCCGGAGGAGAUCCCGGAGGUGUGUCGGGAACGGCUGAUUGAUUACAACGAGAGAACUCUGCCGGUGAAGGAUCUGUUGCUGGAACUGUUGAGUGAAGGUUUAGGGCUGAGCAGAGGAAAGUUUAAGGAGCUGACAUUUGGAGAAGCGGUGACUCUGUCGGGUCACUACUACCCGUAUUGCCCUCAGCCGGACCUCACGAUCGGGUUCCGGUCCCAUACCGACCCGGGGAUAUUGACGGUGCUGCUGCAGGAUAACAUGGGAGGGCUUCAGGUGAAGUACAAGGAAGGUUGGGUUGACGUGAAACCUGUCCGUGAAGCCCUAGUUGUCAACAUUGGAGACUUGCUUCAGAUAAUAUCGAAUGAGAAAUACAAGAGCGUGGAUCACAGGGUGCUGGCAAGUAAUUGCCGGGAGGCAAGAGUUUCAAUAGCGACGUUCUUCAACCCGGGAGCUGCAGAGAAUAUGUAUGGGCCUCUGGAAGAGCUGACGUCAGCAGGGGACCCACCUCGCUACCGACGUGUCACCUACAAGGAUUACAUGCACAAGUUCUUCAACAAGCAAGUGGAUAAUAAGUCUCAGACUGAUUACUUCAGGAUAUAAUGAAUAAAUAAAAGAACUCAUAAAUAAAUAACUCAUCUAAAUAAUAUAUAAGAUCUUCACU